UGUGUGUAUGUGGGCGGGGCGGCAACUCGUGAUUUCUUGUUACGCAUGCAAGCAACCAGCAGCUGAGUGGCGCGCGUGGCUGUGACGUUGAUAUUGGAAGAUGGCGGCGUUUACUUUCAUCUAAUAUUCAUCUCAGGACUCACACUAAAUUUUUGCUGGAUUGUUGCACCAUGAGAAGGAAACUGGAAAUCCCCCGACCAGUUCUCAAUCAAACUUCACCACGAUCUUCACAUCACACAAGCUGAUCAUUGAUCUGUUCCGGUCAAUAUUUUCUACUUCUCUCUCUCUCUCUCUCUCUCUCUCUCUCUCUCUCUCUCUCUCUCUCUGUGUCUCCCUGGUCCCCCCUCCUGUGAGACGAUGUCGGGGGUGGACCUGCUGUCCCGGGUGAGCUCUGUGUUCCGCAGGGACAGGACAGACUGGGACCUCAGCGACUCGGCCACCUUCGAUUUCUCGGAGGAUCUGGCCGAGGAUGAGACUCCCCGGUUCAACAAGCUGAAGGUGGUGGUGUCGGCCGAGAUGGACGAGUACACGGGCUCGUCUCCGAACGGCGCCGCCGUCAGCACCUUCAUCAGGACCGGCGAGGACGACGACGACGACUCGCUGCUCGGCUCCACCUCUGGGCUGGGGGCGGAGCCAUGUGAGAACUGCACCAAGAAGAAGGAGGAGGCGAAGAGGCGUAAGGUGAUGAAGAAGCUGGUGAUGGCAGCAGUGCUCUACUUCCUGUUCAUGAUCGGAGAACUCGCAGGUGGUUACAUGGCGAACAGUUUAGCCAUCAUGACUGACGCUCUGCACAUGCUGACUGACCUGGUCGGGAUCGUGGUCCUACUGGCUCUCUGGCUCUCGGCCAAAGAGCCAACACACACCUUCAACUUUGGACUGCACAGACUUGAGGUGAUGUCUGCAGGGAUCAGUGUGUUGUUGAUCUACAUUCUGACCGGUGUGCUGCUGAAUGAAGCGGUACAGAGAACGCUGCGUCCAGACUUCACCAUAGAUGGAGACGUGAUGCUCAUCACCGCUGCCGUGGGCGUGGCCGUCAACCUCAUAAUGGGCUUUCUCCUGAACCAGUCAGGUCACCUCCACUCCCACUCCCACUCCCACUCUCACUCCGCAGGCCACGCCCAUUCUCAGAGAAGGGGUCAGGGCCGGGGGCGGAGCCAGCACUCUCACGGCAGCUUGGCGGUGCGAGCGGCUUUUAUUCACGCAUUGGGCGACCUGGUGCAGAGUGUCGGGGUUCUCAUCGCUGCAUACAUCGUCAGGUUUAAGCCGGAGUAUAAGCUGGCUGAUCCUGUGUGUACGUACUUAUUCUCUGUGUUGGUGCUGGUCACCACACUGCGCAUCAUCAGAGACACCGGCCUCAUCCUUCUGGAGGGCGUUCCUAAACACCUGAAUGUGAGUAUGAUGAAGGAGGAUCUGUUGAAGCUGGAUGGUGUGGAGUCUGUGGAGGAUCUGAAGCUCUGGGCUUUAACUGCUGAUCGCACUGUGGCUCUCGCACACAUUCAGCUUGCACCAGGCAGUGUGGGAAACUGGGAGGAAGUGCAGUCGAAAGCUCGACACCUGUUGAUGAUGUCACACGGCGUGUCCCACUGCACGGUGCAGCUUCAGAGCCAAACACACCGUUUCACACACUCCUGCUCCAACUGUGUGUUAACCAGUGCCUGAACACACACACAAACACACACACACACACACACACACACGCCCCAACAGGGCAUCUAAUUUCUUUACAGGUUGCUAUGCAACAGCAAAAAGCGCCAAAGCCGGAGCGAGUGUGUUUUCAGUUUAAACAAACUACACUUUUUCAUCUUCUUUUCUUUUUUUACCUUUCUCAGACCACACACACACACACACACACACACACACACACAUACAUUUCAGUAAAUAAAAGCUUUCUUUAACAUUGACACUUAUAUUCAGUUCAUAAAAACACUUUUUCUUCAUGUUUAGUUUGGAAUAAUUUCAGUGCCGAAUCCCGGAUCACGUGAUCCUCACUCUCCUCCUGAUCUUGCGCUAAUGAUGUGUGUGAGAAUUGGAGCUGAUCAUCCACACAUUUAUCCUGAGAGAGAAUUUUUUCCUAUAUUUUGCUUUAACAUUGGUUAUAUUAAACUCAUUAAUUAAUUAUUCCAUCAUCUGAUGAGGAAAUGAAUGAAACUGAUCCAGUUGAUCUUUAUUUGAUUAUUGCACUGUUUCUUUUGUUUGUGUUUUAUUUUAAUGUGUUGGAGUUUAUAGGAACUGAAAUGUUUUACGAGAGGAAGCAGUGUGGCUUUCCAGCGAGCCGUCCUGGGGUCCACCUCCAGAGUCUCAGAUCAUCACCACCUUUUAUUCUUUUAUUACUUUUAUUAUGAUUUUUGUUGGUUUUAUUUUUUCAGAAGGUUAAUAAUGUUGGGAUUGUUGUGUUUCAAUCUAAAACACCGUCUAUGCCUCCAAAUGUUUUUGUUUACAUGUUUAUUUACAUUCAUUAAUUACUUGUAAUUUCUUCUCGUCUGAUGAUUUGCACAUUCCAGGAACUUGAACAGAGAUGAAUCCUGUUGUUUGCAGUAUUUAUGUUGAACUGUGAAACUCUGCACUGUGGGAGUGGAACAGAUUCUUCUCAAAAUAAACCUGUUUUGAAGUCCUGUAA